UGGACCUGCUGGUGGCCAUGUGUCGCGCUGCCCUGGAGUCCCCUCGCAAGAGCAUCAUCUUUGAGCCUUAUCCUUCCGUGGUGGAUCCCAACGACCCCAAAACACUUGCCUUCAACCCCAAGAAGAAGAACUACGAGCGGCUGCAGAAGGCCCUGGACAGCGUGAUGUCCAUCCGGGAGAUGAACCAGGGGUCCUACCUGGAGAUCAAGAAGCAGAUGGACAAGCUGGACCCCCUGGCCCAUCCCCUGCUGCAGUGGAUAAUCUCCAGCAACAGAUCCCACAUUGUCAAGCUGCCUCUCAGCAGGCAGCUGAAGUUCAUGCACACCUCCCACCAGUUCCUCCUGCUCAGCAGCCCCCCGGCCAAGGAAGCCCGGUUCCGCACCGCCAAACAGCUCUACGGGAUGGGGAAAGGGCAGCACCGGAUGCCUUCGAAGGACGAGCUGGUGCAGAGGUACAACAGGAUGAACACCAUUCCCCAG